AUGGCGAAGCAUAUUUUCUACGAAUUGGGCUCGAGCCUGAUUUAUCAUCUGAAGUUCCGUGCUUCUUGGUAUUUCAUUGGUCAGAAGGGAAUCGAUGGCUACACUCCAUUCGAGGAUAUGAAUAUACCAUCCAGUAACGAUUGGGCAAAGCCAAUCAAUGUCGCCCGUCUUUUUUUUUCAGUGGAUGGUGUAAAAACAGUUGGUUCCCAUCCGCCAAAAACACAGAAUAUGCUUCGUCGGCAUUUUUGUGCCCGUUACGAUGGCUAUGAAGAAUUCUGUGACGGUCCGUUGUUUUUUAGCGGAAGGAUUUUGUGCUGGUCGUAUGCAGUCUGUCCCAGGCAAGGAAAAAAAAUACACGUAACGCAAGACGUUGUUGUAGCUUUUUUGUUGAAGUUGCUGCUAGAUUUUUGCUCAUUUCUGGUUGCAGGUUUGAGCACAAAUAACAUACGCCUGUGUUUGGAAAGUAUCUAUGAGCAGGAUGGGAUCAAUCCACAAAAUGUUGUCGUGGCCUUCGACCCUAUCGAUAACGAAGUGUCCGAUCUCAGUGCGCUUUUUCAUGUUCGAGCAUUGCCAGUUAAUGGUUCCCUAAAUUAUGAUGGUACUGUCACGUCUAUGCUCUCAUUGUUUUUGUUUUCAACUUUCGGCAUCAAGCCACUAUGA